AUGCAGGAUGGUGGUGCCGGAGUGUGGCUUCAUGGCUACAACGAGAAGAACGAGCGUAACGCUGAGCCCACCAAGGAGGUGUUUGACGUUGAGCUUGGUCUCCGCUUCCUCGGCACUCAAGACGAGCUUGAAGGUUUUCGCGAGCGCCAGCGCAUCAUCAACAAGUCCAAGUCUGACGGCAUCUACGUGGCGCCGCCGGAACAGGAGCGCGGGGUUGAGGACCCCAUGCUUGUGGACUCGCGCGCGAGUGCUGCUUCCGGACUUGCCGUUAGUCUUGAGGGAGGAGGGAGUGGUUUGCAUCGUGACGUGCUUGGUGUACCAGGGACAGAGCUUGUGCUCCCACCUGAACCCACUUACAACUCUGCUGCUGCCCAGCAGGCUAAGAAGGACAAGAAGAAGCGGGCCAAGCAGAACCAGGGAGCUGCAGCACC